AUGAACAUACCUCCAUGGCGUUUGGUUAUCUUGGCCGGCAUCGUUUCGUUCUGUGCCAAUUGGUCCUUUGCGUUCCAAAUCACUUAUGUGAACACAUCUGUUGAUACGUUCUACAAAUUGGCGAAGACUGCAUAUCGCGAAUCGAGGGGAUGUCGGACUUGCACAAUGCCAGAAUCUGAGUGGCUAUCCGAAUGGAGUGUCGUCGUCAGUAUGUUCUAUCCGGGAACUAUUGGAGGAUUUUUCAUGGUGCCAUUUCUAACGAAUAAUAUGGGUAUUAAAAAGGCGCAAUGCUUGAUAUGCCUUGCAGCGACUUGUGGAGUGAUGGUGCAUAUCCUGGCAUUGUAUUUCCUCCAUAUGGGAGAAGCAUUAUUCGCAACCCUUCUUUCCCUUGGUCGAGUGAUGAUUGGAUUACAAGCCGGUAGCUCAUUAUGCCUCCUUCCCUUGUAUAUUAUUGAAAUCAGUCCCCCAGCUCAUCGCGCAUUCUUGAAUAACUUUCAGCAACUCUCACAGUCAUUUGCCACUUUACUUGGAUUGAUUUUCGGAUCUGAAGAAAUUCUACCCCUGGGUAAUGCGAGAUAUAUCACUAUGCAAAUCAUUGCACUUGUUCCGGUGUUGUUUUUGUUUUUCGUGCUUAUCAUCACCCCUCCGACUCCAAAUUAUUUGAAAAAAUUCAAGCCUGAAUGUAUACAUGAGGCCGCCGAAUCCAAAAUGUUCUACUUUGGAAUGGAUCGCUCCGAGUCUUACCGACCGCUUAUUUCUAAUUAUGAUUUCGAAGAUUCCAAUCAUAAUAGAAAGUACAGCUUGCGGAAAAAUUGGCGUCAUUCAAUGAAAGGUUUUCUGAUUGGUGUGGUUGUUGCGUGCUCGUAUGCAUUCACAGGCGACGACUUGAUUGAUACUUUCUCAGCCAAUAUGUUGAUUGGUGAAAACGCGCCAAAAAACGUUCACCAAUCUACCGAUGCAUUCACUAUCCUAAUUUCUGACGCAUUGGGUGUCGUCUUAUUCAUCGCUUCAUUGAUUGGUGUAUAUUUGGCUGAUCGUUACGGUCGUCGUAAAUUGGUUCUAACAGGAUUAUUUGGAACAUGCGUGGCAAAUUUAUUGGCUUCAUUAAUCAAUUCCGAUCGCUUAUUUGUUGCAAUGUGUUUCGCGAUGACCAAAAUGUUCAUUGGACUUGGGUGUGGUGGUCCCGCAUGGUUCAUCACUUCGGAAUUGGUUGAUCCCGACUAUGCUUGGAUCUUCCAGCCAUUGUCGACCGGAAUUUUGUUAUCUUCAACAAUGAUUGAGACCUAUUUCUACCUAAUGGUUGAUUCGCUAGUAGGAAGCUAUAGUCUUAUAAUUCUUGCUGCGGCACCAGCGUUUGUCGCAGGAAUUCUAAUUUAUCUCUAUCUCCCAGAAACGAGAGGAAAAUCGUACGAGGAAAUACAAUAUGUUUUGGAUUCAAACCGAUUCAGUGGUAUUCAACAGCAUAGAACGGUUUUCAAUCAUUAUGGGUCAUUUGAGGAGCACGGAUUUUGA